AUUUUCUGUUUCGUGAGAAAAAAAGAAAAAUGACAGCCCGAGAACCUGCGUGUUCUUUUCAUUUCCUUUCCAAGCUAUUUUCUUUAUCACCUGCGGAGCUCCCCAUUCCUGAGCGAUACGAGGCUGCCGGUGUUGCGAGUGUUGAUAAAUUACCGUUUAUAGAUCGUCACAGAGGUGAACCUGGUUGUAUUGGUGGGGGGCGGGGGGGUUGUAAUGGGAGUGCAGGCGUUCUGCGUGAUAAAAUAACCAGACGAGGAAUUAUUGCCUUCUGUUUGAUAGUGGAUGUCGACCAAUCAACGUCACACAAUGUCGUUUUUCGCACGGCAGCCCAGCAUACUGAUCCUUUGCAUCAUGGUACUAGGCGCCUCGAAUGCUCAGGAGGAAAAAAACCCACGUAAAAUCAAUUGCAGACAGGUAACGCAACGAUCUGGAUUUACGAAUCACCGGCUUUCGGACCACUAUCGAAGACAUAAAGCUCAACAUGAUCACUUUAUGAAUACAGACGACACGCUCGAAAACACCAGAAAAACGCUAUCGAAUCUCAGCCCUGCAACGAGACGCUUUCUCUUCAGUCCAACCAUACAGAACACGAUAACAAACUUAAACAGCAAUACGAACACUCAGGAAAUUCAACAUUUCGGUGACGGUGAAGAGGCCGGUUCAAAACCGCGAAAAAUGCUGGGAUAUGUCAAUCCUGACACGGGAGAGGUGGAAUAUGAUCUCAGAGGCUUUGGGAAGAAGAUUUCCUUUCUAAUCGGAUAACGCAAAGCCGCCCGAAGACGGAAACGAAUAUUGACAGGUAACUUGACAACUGGUUGGCUGCACUCUCAUUAAUGAAAUAAACGAAUAAAGAGCAUUCAAACAAUUCA